UUUGUUUCCUGUCCAUAUUUAUUAUAAGGUCAUAAUGAAGAACUGAUCACUUGUCUUUAACUUCCGGCAGUGUCGAAUUGUUUAUUUCAGAUUCAAAAUGAUUUUGAAAUUCAGCCUUCUUGCUGUACUGGGAAUUGUAACAUCAGAAAUAACCAACGAUCUGGAAUUUUAUCUUUUGGAGGCCAUCAAAAACAAUGUAACGCUGACGGUUGGUGAUGAUAAUCUGACGGAGAGUGCUUGUGACCCGUUCACUCCGGUCAAGCCUGACUUCAAUCGACUCGGACAAAGGAUAAUUGAAUCAAAAUGUCAUGAAUACGCAUGGGAAACCAAAAGAGUGGAAGACGAAGCAGAAUGGGCCAAUAAAUGUAGAAUGUAUGUGAUAUCUCAGAUUCAGCGCGGAACUAUUCCUGAAGUGUUCGCAAUUAUUAAUUGGUCGGUAAUAUUUGGAGGGAGACCCGCAAAGCCUGCUGAAUUCCCUCAUAUGGCCGCAAUAGGCUGGAAGGCAAAAAACAUCAAUAAAUCAAAAUGGAUAUUUAAAUGUGGUGGAUCCUUAAUAAGUGAACAGUUUGUGCUAUCAGCAGCGCAUUGUACUAUGCUUCCUGUACGAAGGCACCUUGACAUUAUCAACCCUAUGCCAGAAAUGGUUCGACUUGGUGUGGAGAAUAUUGCAGAUGAUAUGUUCAACAUUUACGGUGAUCCAGUCGAUGUUAAAAUCAAAAGAAUAACAGUACAUCCUAAAUACCGGUCACCCAAGAAAUAUAACGACAUCGCCCUUUUUGAAUUGGAGAAUAAAGUUCAAUUUGCCCAUAAUGUAUUACCAGCAUGCCUGUGGACUAAGCCAAGUACACGAGGGCUGGGCAAAAAAGGAACAUUGACCGGAUGGGGGAAGACUGAGGAAGGUAAGACUUCAACAACUCUCAAUGUAGCUGUAGUUGACAUAUUACGGGUAAAACAAUGCGGCAAAUUUUUAGCAAUGUCACAUAACAGAAAUUGGCGCGGUUUUGCGAAACAUCAGUUCUGUGCAGGCAAACUGGCUGGAAAGGUUGAUACCUGUCAGGGUGACUCUGGUGGGCCCCUUCAAGUAAGAGUACGAACUGAUCAAAACGUAUCAAUGAACAUGAUUGUUGGUGUCACAUCGUUUGGUAUCAGCUGUGCACGGGAGAAAAAACCUGGAGUAUACACGAAGGUAUCCAGUUUUAGCGAUUGGAUAGAGUCAAUCGUAUGGGGUGGACUGAAAUCGGAAUAAACUUGUUACGCUAAAAGAUAAUCAUAACCUUGCGUCGAUUUGUAAAUGUAGGUAAAUAUAUUUUUACUACAGACACUACUACAAUUAAAGGUUUGACAUACAA